CAUUAAACUUUUAGCAUUCACUUUUGCUGCACUUUCUCUUUUUUCUCUUCACCUCUUGCUAGCUCUAUAACUUCAUAAAACACCAUUCUCAGAGUUUCCUUAAAUGCUUGGUACCAUAAUACAAUGACAAAGAUCUUUGUGUUGUCGUGUGUUCUGCUCUUAGCUGCUUCUGGUUUUGUUCAUGGCUCUCAUGAGAAGAAGAAGGAUGAUAUUAGGUUGUUUGAGCUGAGAAAAGGUGAUCUUUCUAUAAAGGUCACCAACUGGGGCGCAACACUCGUGUCUGUCAUUCUUCCUGAUAAACAUGGAGUGCUGGGGGAUAUUGUUCUUGGAUAUGAUUCUCCCAUGGCAUAUACGAAUGAUUCAUCAUAUUUUGGAGCUACAGUUGGCAGGAUUGGUAACAGAAUUGGAGGAGCUCAGUUCACUCUAAAUGGAAUCCAUUACAAAUUAGUUGCUAAUGAAGGAAACAACACACUUCAUUCUGGACCCAAAGCAUUCAGUGAUGUUCUUUGGAAUGUGAAAAAGUAUAUAAAAGAUGGAGACAAACCAAGAAUCACCUUCAGCUACCUCAGUUUUGAUGGUGAAGGAGGAUUUCCUGGGGACCUGCUAGUAACUGUGAGCUACAUUCUUGGGAAGAACUCACUGAGUAUAAUCAUGAAAGCAAAAGCACUGAACAAGGCUACACCUGUGAAUCUGUUGAACCAUGCAUACUGGAACCUAGGGAACCACAACAGUGGCAAUAUUCUGAAUGAAGUGGUUCAGAUAUUUGGAUCUGAAGUGACCCUUUUCGAUGAUAAUCUCAUUCCCACAGGCAAAUUUGCCUCUGUGAAGGGCACCCCAUAUGACUUCCUUGAACCACACACUGUUGGGGAAAGGAUAAACCAAUUGGCAAAGACCAAUGGCUAUAACACGAACUAUGUGCUUGAUGGUGCAAAAGGCAAAGAGACAAAGCUUGGUGCCAUAGUGGUCGAUAACAAGUCAGGGAGAGUGAUGAAACUCUUCACAAAUGCUCCUGGUUUGCAGUUCUACACUGCUAAUUUUGUCAAGAAUGAAAAGGGAAAAGGGGGUUUUGUUUAUCAGCCACGUUCAGCACUGUGUUUGGAGAGCCAAGCAUUCCCUGAUUCUGUCAAUCACCCUAAUUUUCCAUCAACCAUUGUCACCCCUCAAAACCCUUACAAACAUGUCUUGUUGCUCAAAUUCUCCACCAAAAUUCCUCAUGCCUUUUCACAUUUCUAAAUGGGAUUCUGUGCUCUCAGCCACUUUUUUAUGUGCUUUUGGUAUCAGUGUAGCAUGAUUCCUGUUCUAUUAAACUGAAUAAUGACAUGUUUCAAUUUUCUGCAUCUA